GCGCACGCCGCUCGCUCGCCCGGAUCGGGGAUCUCCGACGGCCCUCGACGAGCAUGAGCGACGCGGCCACCCGCCAGCAGCUGCGCGACAUCCGCGCGCGCCUGAACCAGCUGCGCAUGCCGGAGCUGCGCAACAUCCUGAUGGACCUGAACCUGGCGCGCUCCGGCCGCAAGUCGGAGCUCGUGGAGCGCGUCGCGGCGGAGCUGGAGUCGUUCGCUGAGAAGGCCCGAGGCACGACGUCCGCCGCCUUCUACGCCGAGAGGCUCUCCGCCGGCCUCCGCAGCGUCGACCAGCAGUACAGAGGGCGUCUCUCCUACGCGCCCCCGCCGACGCCGGCGCCGCCCGCGCCCCACAAUGGCUACCACGGCGCGAAUGUGGCGCCGCAGCACAUGGCGCCGCGCUAUCCGUCGAUGCCGCCCACACCGCCGCCCACGCGCUCCAUCCCCGUGCCCAUGUAUGGCCGCAACGGCGCGCCUCGGACAGCGAUGGGCGUGCCGCAGUACGGGGCUGUGAACGUUGCGGGCGCCGGUAAUGGUGUCAUCCCGCUGACCAGUGGCGUGGACCUGUACAACCCGACCAAGGCCGCGGCGCUGGACGGAGCCAGGUGCUUCUGCGUGAUGCAGGGCGUCUCGGGCAAAGUGGUCAAGUGCGUGGACUGCGGCUUGGCCGUCCACGCCAAGUGCCACCAGCUGAUCACGCUGAGCGGCGAGUGGUACUGUGAAAUGUGCCGGUCCAAGACGUACGACCCGUUCUACCGCGUGCAGAAGACCGUGCUGGACCCGAACUUCGUGCGCUUCGCCAAGACCUCGAGCUCCUUCCGGCUGGAGUACUACAUCACCGACAACGACCUGUACGCGAACAGAGACCCGAAGCCUGGCUCGAUGACACCCGGUAAUUUGGAGUUGCAGCUGCGGUGCUUUGCGGUGAAGGAGGACCUUGCAGCAGGACACUGCUGGCCGGCGUCGACGCAGCUAAGCGUGAAUGGCUUUGGCGUGCCUAUUACGCAGCGUGCUCCACCAGGACAUGCUAACCCGUCCAAGGUGCUACGCGAACUUCCCGCUAAUAUCUUCCAGUAUUCACGAGUAGGCCGGAACGUGGUUGACAUACGAACCACGGAGAAUCCGUCCGUGUUUGGGUUCAUGGUUCAGAUCGUGGAGGUGCGCGACAUCAAUGACCUUGUGACGGAGGUGAAAGAGGCCUCGAAGAACCUGACGUACGAGGGCGCCAAGCAAGAAGUUAUCAAAUCGUUUGGCAGCGAGGAUGAAGACGACGUCGUGGCGACUGUUACGAUACUUUCUGUCCGCUGUCCCUUGGGUCUGAGUGUGAUUAGCCUGCCAGCUCGAGGCUUGCACUGCAAGCACUUGCAGUGCUUUGACCUGAAAACGUUCAUGCUGUUCAGCAAAAAAGCGCGAUCAAAGGCGUGGCGGUGUACAGUGUGCCAUCAAUUUAUCAAGGCGUCCGAUCUGCGUAUUGAUCCUUAUUUAAAAAAGCUUCUGGCAGAGGUUGAAGGUGAAGACGAGCUGGAGGAAGUGGAGAUCUUCCCUGAUGGAUCAUGGAAACGGAGGCUAGACGAGGAGCUGGUGCCUGAGCCUCCAGCGAAAAAGGUGAAAGCUGAGGAGGCAGAAGUUAGUGCAGCUUCAACAAAUGGGGCAUCUGCGCCUGCAACGUCGGCCGAUGAUGCACAGGGGCCACCAGGAUCGAGUGCGGCAGCACCUGUGGAGAUCGAUUUACUAUCAAGUGAUGAUGAAGAUGAAGAGACUGCAAACACAUCGAGCGCCACUACUACCACUACUGCCGCUGCAUCUGCAUCAAGUCCGAUUCUGCUGGAUGAUGACAUUGAUAUAUUGACUGUGGGCAGCGACGCAUGGGACGCACCAGCAACUUCGAGUGCCGCCAACCCAACGAGCGACGGCAACUGCGGUGAGUAUUUCCCGUUCCCGUUGGACGAGAAUCUGUUCCCUUCCAGCAACGCGGCGGCCAGCAACACAGGUAAUUUGCCUUCAUGGAUGUAUUCGAUAUCUGCGAGCACUAUCGUUAACAGUAUGCCUCCCCCGGCGCCCACUGUUGCAGUGACAUCAGCGCCGGCCGUCUCCCCUCCGCAAGAGGUGCUGAACCAAGCCGAGUCGACGUUGGCCAGCUCGAUGGCCUCUCUGUCCCGGAAUCACAACGUGAGCAACCCGUUCGACCAGCGACAACGACGUCAAGCGCGGCCGCCCCCAAAACCCGUAGCGAUGCCGAGCGACAUGGACAUCAUUUGCCUACUGGACAGCGACAGCGACUGA